AUGUCGGCUCUCCGCACUUCUCUCGCUCGACUGAGCGCUCCACGAUGGUCUGGCGCCGUCAGCCGCGCUCGUGUGCUCCCUGCUGUCCGAACCCAGAUCAGGACCUAUAAGGCCGACCCUGCUCGCGACGCUAUGACCGGGGAGAUCAUCCAGCUGCCCGAUAUUGACUCCAACUUGACAAAAAUCACCCUCACCGACUCUCCCAAAAAGAGACCGGCGUCGUCAAAGCUCGUCUUUGGCCAUACGUUCACGGACCACAUGCUCACUAUCCCCUGGAACUCUGCUACUGGGUGGGCGAACCCCGAGAUCAGGCCUUACGGCCCGCUUGACCUCGACCCAUCAUGUACCGUCUUCCACUAUGCUUUCACCCUAUUCGAAGGGAUGAAGGCAUAUCGGAAUGCUGAUGGGACUGUUCGGCUCUUCAGGCCCGACAAGAAUAUGGCCCGGAUGAACAGGAGUGCCGCUCGUAUUGCCCUGCCUACCUUCGACGGCGCAGAACUCACCGAACUCAUCAAGAAGUUGGUGAUGGUUGACAAGGACUGGAUUCCGCAGGACAAGGGAUUCUCACUGUACAUCCGCCCUACCCUCAUUGCCACUCAGAAAGCCCUUGGCGUUGGACCUUCCAGCGAUGCGUUGCUGUUUGUCAUCUGCUGCCCCGUCGGCCCAUAUUACGCUAGCGGCUUCAAGCCCGUACAACUGCUUGCUACCACCAAAUAUGUCCGCGCUACGCCAGGUGGUACCGGUAGCUACAAGCUCGGCGCAAACUACGCACCGGGUAUUGUGCCCCAGAAAGAGGCCAUGGCGGAGGGCUACAGCCAGAACCUCUGGCUCUUGGGUGACGAGCACGCCCUGACCGAGGUCGGCACGAUGAACCUAUUCGUCGCGUUCAAGCAGGCCGACGGGUCUGUCGAGCUCUGCACACCGCCGCUGGACGAUGUCGUUCUCCCCGGUGUGACAAGAGACAGUGUGCUCGAGGUUGCCCGAGACCACGCGUCCGGAAAGACCCCUAUCCCCGGACUUCCCGCCGACAUCAAAGUCAGCGAGCGCAAGUUGAUCAUGAAGGACCUGGUGGAUGCCGAGAAGAACGGAACGCUGCUCGAGGUGUUUGGAACAGGCACCGCCGCUAUCAUUUCUAGCGUGGACAAAAUCGGAUAUGAAGGACGUGACCUCAUCAUUCCGACUGGACCUGCCGGGAUGGGGGCUAUCUCGAAAGCUAUGCUCGACCGGAUAGUGGGUAUCCAGACGGGGGAGAUCGAGCAUGAGUGGAGUGUGGUUGCCAACGACGUCAAGAUCUAG